AUGGCAGCUAGGGACCGUUUCGGUGCCUAUGCUGACCCAUCACUAUCACCACUGCAGCGAGCGAUACACAAUGCUUGCGACCCCGCCAACUACGAGCCCAACCUUGCCCUGAACCUCGAAGUCGUCGAUCUGAUAAACUCGAAGAAGGGUAAUGCUCCCCGCGAAGCUGCCCUCACAAUCGUGCGUCUGAUCAAUUCUCGCAACCAGAAUGUCGCCCUCCUGGCGCUAGCGAUAAGCACCAAGGAAUUCCUGAAUGAGCUGGUACGACGAUUUCCCGAGCGGCCGCCUUUGCGACCGUCGCGGGUACAACAUCGCAUUCUAGAAUUCAUCGAGGAAUGGCGCCAGACAAUAUGUCAAACGUCACGGUACAAGGAGGACUUGGGGCAUAUCCGGGAUAUGCACCGUCUUCUUCUCUACAAGGGCUACACCUUCCCGGAGAUACGGCGCGAAGAUGCGGCGGUGCUGAAUCCGAGCGACACUAACUGUGCUUUAGACGCUGCGAUCGGCAGAAGAGAUGGAAGAGGAAGAGCGGGAGGCACAGUCUGCGAAGCUGCAGGAGCUGAUUCGAAGGGCACGCCACAGGACCUGCAGGAAGCCAAUCGACUGAUGAAGGUGAUGGCGGGAUAUGAUACCCGAAAUAAAACGGAUUACCGGGCCAAAGCGGCCGAGGAAGUGUCCUACGUGCAGCAGAAGGCCAAGAUUCUGGAGGAGAUGCUGCAGAGCCUCCAGCCGGGUGAUAAAAUUGCUGAGGGGGAUGUAUUUGAGGAGCUGGCGAAUGCGCUCCAGAGCGCCUAUCCAAAGAUCCAGAAGAUGUGUGAGGAAGAGUCGGAUGACACGGAGGCGGUCGAGAAGCUGAAACAGAUCAACGACAGCAUCCGUCGGACGAUUGAGCGGUACAAGUUAGUGAAGAAGGGUGACAUAGAGGGAGCAGCGAAGAUCCCCAAGGGCACUCUGGGAACGACUACGGGAGUUUCGAAGAACGCCAACAACGAGUUUUCCCUGAUUGAUUUCGACCCCGAGCCCAGCCCCAACGGCGAUGCGCAAGGCACGAGCUCGUUGGAAAAUGAUCUCCUCGGCCUGUCUUUUCAGGACAAACCGGCGGCCACGUCUGCAGCCCCUGCAGCCUCUACAGCCUCUACAGCCCCUGCAGCGCCCCCGUCCGGGCAGGCUCAGGCUGGCUCGAAUUACGAUAUUCUCUCAUCUUUAGCCUCGUCCCAACCGGGAUCGCAGUCUGCGACUCCGGCUCCCUCUGUCUCACAGCCGUCAAAACAAACAACUUCAGCACCGGUCGACCCGUUCGCUUCUCUGGUCUCCGCCAGCCCGCGGGCUGGAUCUCCUUUUGCCGCUCCGGCGCCUGCCACCCAGCAGCCCAGCCAGCCAUCGUCGUCGUUGCUGGAUUUGGCCGGGGAUGCGUCAUCAUCGGCACCCGGUCAGACGGAAGCCAACAACAACUCGGGUGGCGAUGAAGAGUGGACCUUCACAUCAUCGCUCCCAGAGGGGACGCUGCCCAGCACGAACAAGGUCAGGGUGUUGAAUUCAGCGUUGGUGAUUGAUUUUGCGGCCCGGAGAAAUCCUGGGCAUGAUCGGCAGAUUCAUAUAGUAGCACUCUUCUCCAACAGCACCAGCCGGCCGUUGACGGAAUUGCAUUUCCAGGUGGCCGUUGAGCGGGCGUACACUCUUCAACUACGGCCGCAGUCAGGACGGGAUAUCUCGCCGCUUCAACAGCAUGGAGUGCGGCAGGAGAUGUUGAUCGACGGUGUCGAUGCAGGUAAAGGCAGCUCGGUGAAGAUCCGGUUCAAAGUGUCCUACCGGAUCGGAGGAGAGCUGAAGGAGGAUCAGGGGAUGGUGCCGCCAUUGGGGAUCUCAUGA